GGAGGGUACGGCUGCAGGCGGCGCAGACACAGGAGCUAGCGAACGUGCUGUGGGCCUUUGCCUCCAUGCCGCCUCUGCCCUGCGAAGGUGCUGACGGCAGAGGGGGCAGCAGCGGUGCGGCUGGCUGGGGCUGCGAAGGCGGCGGUGGUAGCGUCAUGGGCAGAUUAGGUGGUAGUACUGGGGGCAGCGUGCCUGGGGGCGGCGGCGUCCGUAGCGACAGCAGUCCCAGCAAUCCCAGCGGCAGCGGUAGCGGUAGCAGAGCUGCGGUACCAGGAGCGGAGGGCGCCAUGCGACAUGUCGCUGCUGACGAGGGGAGAGGGCCGAACACAGUUCCGACAUGGGCGGGUGCGCCGGCUGCGCCUGCGCCGUUGCCUGGGAGCCCCUUACGGCCCCCCGGAGCACCGGCACCGCCUGGACGAGACGCCGGCAAGCUUCACAGCCCGAGUUGUUUCUCUGCUCAUGCUGCCAGUAGAGGCAGCAAUGGCGGCAACAACAGCCAUGGCGGCCCCAGCCCCAGCACCGGCCCUACAAGUCUUCAAGUCCUCCUAGCGCAGGCAUUGCUGCCCGAGCUAGCCGCGCGUCACGACCUCAGCCCGCAAUGCAUCAGCAACGCCCUGUGGGCAUGCGCCCGGUUGCAGCCCUGUUCCCUUCCCUCGCCAGCGCUGCAAGCCCUGCGCAUGUGGGCGGGUACUGCAACCCCAUCUUGUUAGAUACACUGGCGGAUGCGGCUACGGCGCAGGUGGAGGAGCUGAACCCGCAGGGACUGAGCACGCUGUUGUGGUCCCUGGCGCGCGCCCAGCACCACCACGGCCCGCUCACCAGCGCCGUGUGCCGCCUAGCCGCCCCCCGCCUGCGCGCCUUCAGCGACAUGCAGCUCUCCAACCUGAUGUGGGCACUGGGGAUGCUCAAGUGCCAGGAGCGGCAGCUGCUGGUGCGGGCGGCACGAGUGCUGGCAGCGAGGGUGAGGCUGCGUAGGCAGCAGCAGGCGCAGGGGCAGUUGCAGCAGGCGCAGCAAGGGGGGCAGCAACAGGCGCAGCAGCAGCAGGGGCGGUUAGCGCAGGAGCGGUUACAGCAGCGGCGGCCGCUUGCAACGGCGGGGCCAGCAGCUCGGGGAGCUACUGGACAACAUCCUCCUCCGCAGCAGCAGCAGCAGCAGCAGCAGCAGCUUGGAAGCCUUUCGCAGCGGGAUGAGGACUCAGCGCGAACGGAGGGAGGGCAGCAACAGCAGCAGCAAGAGCAGCAACUGGACCUGCCAGCGGCAGGGGUUGCUUGCACAGGGCCGCCGCAUGGAGCCGUCCACGGCCGCGAACCACAGCAGCAGCGGCAGGAGGCGCAGGAGCUGGUUUCGGCCGACGGCGGCAGCUCGUGUGGGGCUGUGAGCGGGGCGAUGACGUCACGUGUGAGGCACCCGCGCCAUGAGGGGGAGACUGCUGGCACUCAGUGGCAUCCACCUCCCGCGUCGUCAGACGAAAACGACACACCUCUAGCCGCGCAACCCCAAGCGCUUGAGCCCCUCCCCUGUAGUGUCCACGCCAACAGCAGCAGCAGCAGCACACACAGCUCUUGCGAAGGCACUCCUAGUGCCAGCAGUAGCGGCGUUGGCGACGGCGCUGACCGGCCCCAUCAGGACUCAACAGUAUCGGCAGCAGCAGCAGCACCCGCAACAGCAGCGGUGGCGACGACCCCGCCCCGCAGCACCCCGUCUUCAUCUCCUCCGCCGGUAACCGCAGCCAACGCUGCCCGGGACUCCCCGCCGGCUCUACCGGACACCAGUCUCCGGCAGCGCAUCCUGCAGUCCAUUCGCCCGCACAGACUGCAACACGACUCGCAGUUGCCGCAGCUGCAGGCUCCCAGGCCCCCACCACGCAACCCAUGCAGCAGCACCGCCACCGCCGCCACAGCCCCCAGAUCUCCUGCAAGCCGGUCUUACUUUGGUAGCAACUUUGACGACGACGACGACGAUGAUGACGUCACCUCCGUACGGCUAGUCCACAGGGGCGACGUCGACACCAUCAGCUCUACCACAUCCGUACGACGCCGUACUGCAACCAGUGCGUACGACAUCCAUGCUACCGAGGACGAUUCCGUCAGUACGGCAUUCGGUACUGCCGGUGACGCGGCACCUAGUCCCCUGGACCAUGCGAAGAGCAUGGCGAAGCUGCUGUGGAGCUUCGCCCAGUGCGGCAUGUACAACCCCAACCUCUACCGCAUGCUCACACAGGAGCUCCGGCCGCUGCUGCACCUGCUGACGCCGCAUGAGAUCACGCAGGUCUUGUGGGCGCUGUCGUACUACGGCCAUCGCUGUCCGGAUCUGCUUGACGCCGCGGCGGCGGCGGUGAUGGCACGCCUGCCUAGCUUCUGCGCCUGGGACGGCGCCGGCGUUGCCUGGGCGUACGGCAAGCUGGCUCAUCCUCGGCGGGAUCUGAUGUUGGCGUUACAGCACCAUGCGGCGGUGAUGGUGCCGUACAGGAGGCCCUGCUUGUACCGGCUGGCGUGGGCAUGUGCGCAGCUGCAGGUGCCGUUGAGUGAGCCGCUGGUACGGCAGUUGCAGGCGUUGAGGUACGAGGACGCUGCUGCUGCCGCCGCUGCCGGGGGAGGAGCAGCAGAAGCGGUGACAGCACAGGGGACUGCGGUAUCCCCGGCAAAGGUGCCAGCGGCAGCAGCGGGAGGGACUAGUGUACUGCGAGAUGUGCAGCAGCAGCGGUGACAUGGCAUGACUGCUGUGAGGAGGCUACCGGGCUCACUUAGGAGUGCAUGUUAGGAAGAGGGCGACCCCAACGCGCACUGUCGCCCUUAGCUUGGGGCUGAGGCAGUCCAUGCUGUGUGCUGCGGUGUCGGUGGCUUGCAGGGUGUCCGGUUGUGGGGUAGCAAAGCCGCACCUAGUACAGGAGUUGAGGGGCCUGGUGUCCUGCACAUGGAAUCGCCGUCCUCGAUGGGCUUGUUGGAUGACGUGUGGGGCAAAACACCAUAUUCAUAGUCCCGAUACUCGGGGCCCUGCCCAUGAGCCCAUUGGAGCAGAACCCAGGGCGUGACUGAAUGAGGACGGGGGGUUCUGCUAGGCAACCCAACAGGUGUAACGUUAGGCUAGCGGUGCGUGAUGGUUGAAGCACGGCUCAAGCCAAAGCUGACAGGUGGCGUGCUUGCAUGGUUGGGUCGGUAGCGUGCCUUGGCGGGCUGGGUGACAAAAGAGGAGAGCUGGUGGGAGCGGGUGACUGUGUGGACUGGUUAGCAGUCGUGGAUUAGAUAAACUGAGCCGCUGGAGCUGUCGUGGAUGGGCUUGCAGGUUUUGUUUGCUGCUGUGUCGCACCCGUGGUAGCGGAAAGAUGUGAGUCAGGGUACGUAGGAAACUGAGAGGGAUAGGGACAGCGUAGAAGCCCUAGGAGGAGACUGACCGCCUGGCCUUCCAUUGUAGUGGCUCGGCGGGGGUUGGCGUCGGCGUCAUGGGGGAGCAUUUGAGCCCCUAGUGUCUAGGGGUGUAGGUGGGGGUGUUAGUUACCGUAGAUUGCAGGGCGCCUGAUAGAUGCUGAGAGAAGAGUUCCAACUUCCGUUGCUGCUGCUGCCGUUUUAGGCGGGUUGUAGGGGUAAGGUCUGAGGCGAGGCGGGGCGAGGUGAGGGAACGUGCAGCUGGGCCACGAACCAGCAAGCUAGGCAAAUGACAGGCUGGGGAACGAAGGUAAGCUGGUAACCCAAAGCAUCGUAUGCAGCGGACUAUAGCAGGUCUGGUGUGCCGCAGGGCAGGAGUGAGAGACGAAAUACAUGCAGGUUGUGGCGCGGAAUGGGUGCAGGCUGAUACCCGUGUAAAAGCAUGCACGGGCGG